AUGAUCAUCACAACAGUCCGCUGCUUCCUCAUCACUCUGACCUUCCUAGGAGGAUAUUUGAUCCACGGCUUUUCCUCCCGGAAUGGAUUUUACGAUGCUGUCACUAGGCUCACGGAACAGAGAAUCGUCCACGACGGCACACCUUACACCAAUACCUUUACCGGCAUCGUAGCACUUGAUGGCACACUGUCGACCUUGCUGACCUUUUUCUGGCCCGUCGUGGAUGGAAACAAUCCUGGCCUCUCCCUUGCCUGCUUUCUUUUUGCAGGCCAAUUCGUCGCCGCAUGGACGGUGACAAUCAUCGAGGGCUUGAGAACAGGCAAGACAUGGCGGUUGGCCUCGUUCACCACUAUUUAUGGGCUUCUCGUCCAGACGACGGGCGCUGCGCUCAUGACACCAGCGUGGACAGCGUUGCAUUUGUUCGCAACCCCUACAGUUUCCAGACCAAGUAUCGACACGCUAAGUGUACCUGAAUCAUCUCUGCGUGCCCUACCAUACAGCAUCACCCUCGGCUUCAUUGCUCCCUCGAUCGCAAUGAGCUUGCCCACUCCUGGCCUCAUCUCUCAGCAAAACAGGAUCUACGCAAUAUGUAUCUGGCAAGCCUUCCCACUCUGGAAUACCGUCUUCCCUGGCAAAUCCAAUACCACAUCAACCAAGAACCAACACGCCCAGCAACUCCGCCUCCUUCGCCACUGCUACAUCUUCGCUCUCUCGAUCGCCUCAACAGUGCAAAUCGCAACACUAACCCUCUCAUUCUCCGCUCUCCUCUUCCCAGGCCUUUUCACGCCCAUAACCGCGCAGCAACUCCAUCCACGCAACCUUUUCAUCCCACCAAAUCCAUUCCGAAGCAGUAAGAUCAGCGGUAUUCCACAAGGAGCGUUCUGGUUCGUUCAAUUCGAUUGCUGGACGACGAGUAUAGCCUAUUUAAUUUGGGGGUUGGCAUUGAGGUAUGCUGGGAAGGAGAGUCGGGGUUAUGGCGGAUCGUUGAUGGAUGUUGUUGUACGUCCUUUGGGGCUAGGCUUCAUGGGUGCGGGAUUGAGUUUUGUGUGGGAAAGGGACGAGAUGGUGUUUGCGGGUGGGAAUGAAGGAGGGAAGAGGAAAGUGAAGGUGUUGUGA